AGGGAUGGAGACUAGUGAGGGAGAGAUGGUACCAUAAAUGCACUAAACAGUACAAAGGGAGCAGGACUGGGAGUGAGCCACUAAUACUAAACUGGCACUAAAGUUGCCAGUUUAGUAAAGGCAGAAAGCAGAAAGCUAGAGACAGGUUGACAAUAAACAGAAUUGGAAAAUUAAAGUACCUACCUGCAUAAAAGAGGAGCGACUUAAAAAAAAAAAAAAAAAAAAAAAAAAAACUCGAUUAAGUACAUCUGAUUAGUUGGCCAGUACUACGUUUUUUUUUUCUUCAUUUUAAUCAAGGACUUAUCCGGAGUAUAGUCAGACACGGAGGAUAACGGACACCGCGGGCAGACUCUCGCCAUUGGCCAGGUGAUAAACCGACUGCUUGUUAACUUGUACAGGUUUGGUGUACGCUAAGGUUUACCUUCAUUUGAGGUGCGCCACCGACAAGCAGGCAUUGAAGUCGAGAAAAAAAAAUUACCACACACUUUAAACCUAUUCCUACCCAAAACUACGCAGACAUUGGGAGCAUUAACAUGGCCCCUGCACUACCCCAGCACUUCCUUCUGGUGGCGCUGCUGUUCCUCUUCCAGUGGACUGCACCGGUGGUCAAGGCUCAGACCAGCCCAUCCCCUCCAUCUGGCUGCGGACAAAACGUGAACCCCCUCUACUACAACCUGUGUGAUCUGACUGUGGCCUGGGGGGUGGUGCUGGAGGCGUUUGCCGGGGCGGGCAUGGUUGGCACCUUCAUGGUUAUUAUCGUGCUGGUGGCGAGCUUGCCCUUUGUCACGGAUGGGAAGAAGAAGAGCGUGGUGGGGCUGCAGGUGGGAUUCCUGCUGUGCACACUGGGGCUGUUCGCCCUCACAUUCGAUUUCAUCGUCAAACCGAACUUCUCCACCUGUGCCUCCAGGCGCUUCCUCUUUGGCGUCUUGUUUGCCGGCUGCUUCUCCUGCCUGCUGGUGCACAGCAUCCGUCUGAACCUGCUUGUGCGGAAGGACGAUGGUCCGCGGGGAUGGGUGUUGUGCCUGGGCGCCCUAGCUCUCUGGCUGGUGGAAGUCAUAAUCAACACAGAGUGGCUGAUCAUAACCAUAGUCCGCAACGCCCCAAACACCACCGUUGUGGGGGACCCGUGCUCCUUUGCCAACAUGGAUUUCGUCAUGGCGCUCAUCUACGUGAUGGUCCUCUUGUUGGCCACCCUAGUGUCCAGCGUUUCCGCCCAGAUGGGCAAGCACAAGCGCUGGAGGAAGCAUGGCAUCUUCAUCCUGCUGACGGCCCUCCUCUCUAUAGGCAUGUGGGUGGCGUGGAUCGUGAUGUAUGUUUUUGGGAACAGCAGGGUAGGGAGCUCCCUUUGGGAUGACCCCACUCUGGCCAUUGCUCUGGUCUCCAAUGCCUGGACCUUCCUUAUUUUGUACAUCAUCCCCGAGCUCUGCCUGCUCACCAAGGUCUCUGAAGCGCAGCCAAGCUACGGAGAUGAGCUGUACCCCACCAGAGGGGUGGGCUACGAGACCAUCCUCAAGGAACAGACAUCCCAGAGCAUGUUCGUGGAAAACAAAGCUUUCUCCAUGGAUGAGCCAAGCACAGCUAACAAGACUGUGUCCCCGUACUGUGGUUACAACGGGCAGAAUCGCAACUGUGUGUACCAACCCACAGAACUCGCAUUGAUCAGUAAAGGCCCUGAACUUCACUCGGAAGUGCAGUACGAAGGGGCUAUCCCACGGGCCAGUGUAAUCUCCCAGCCGGCAAGCAGCAACAACUCCACUGUCCGAGCUGAAGACGCUGCCUCCACAGCAGGGCAACAGAGGAAUGGAAGCGGAAACAGCUUUUAUUCCAAAUCCCUUUGGUAAACAUCCUUCAGACUUCUCAACCUUUUCCAGUGAUGCAAAUACUCCCAGCUGACCCUGUAAAGCUAAGACUUUUUUUUUUUUUUUUGUGGUUGUUCCCUUCGCUGCUGGCCCAGCCUCAGGGCUUGGUGCACUGGGGGUAUGGCAGAUUCCUCUACCGAUACAGAGAAGGAGCGACAGCGCAAUAUCCUAGCUCCUCACUCUCUCGCUGCAGCCUCACACAGGAGGAGGCAGGGGGUCCUUGGGGAUCAUCUCAAAGGCUGUGCCUCUCCAUGGAUGCUCUCUGUUAGCUUCUUACCAGCCUGGCUUCGGUAUGAACGGCUAUAACAAACCCCACAGACAAGGCGCUUUUUUUUUUAUUAUCAAAAUGUUAAUCGUAAUGUGACCAAAAAAAAAAAGAUUCUUCGUCCAGAAUAGUCAGAGGUAUUUCGACUGGGAUUUAUCUUUUGUGAAAAAAGAACUGAUGUGGCAGUCAGCUAGUGAGAGGGAGCGGGUCAGUGGGUAUAAAGAAACUCCCACCCCCUUCCUUUUAACCCCUUCUCUCCUUCCUGACCGUUGAGGUUUUUUAUUUAUUUUUUGCUUCUGGUUUGGACUUUGCCGACCAGUGUGACGUGGACAGCCAGACAAGGAGGAGGAGAUCCAGGGUUUCAAUAUCUAGGACUGGAAGCAGCUUGCUGUUCUGGAUGCAAUACGCACCCACAUGCAGCAGUAAAGGUUCCCUGAAACCAUGAAACCACCAGUACAGAACCAAGACAAAAACCAGCGUAUUCAGAAAGCCAGGUUGGCUGCAUCAAUAAUGCAAGCACACUGUAGUGCUCCAUGAACGUAAAAAAUACACAGGGUUCAAAUAACACAUAACCAGCAGUUCUAAAAUGCCUGUCCAGCUGAAGAAGUCCUCAUUGCUCUCCAGAUACCCAGAAUAUGGCUGUCACUUCACCAGCAGUUGCAAACAACCCAUGGGACCUGUGAUCUGAAACUCACCUUCUGUAGUAUGAUGUGCCUGAGGAUUUAGUAGGGAGUGUAGUCUUCAGCCUCUCCAGCUGUUCCCCAGAGUGGGAGUGCCUUACAUUUCAGUUAACUGAAUUGACUGUUUUUGUUUUAUAUAAUUUUCUGUUAUGUUAACUAAGAGCUUGCUUCAAUGCAGUGUUUGCGAGAUAGCGGGGGACGUCAAUUUAAUCUUUUCGAGUUUGUUAAACAAACUCUUACCUUUGUGUUAAACUGGGGGAGUAGGAAAUAAGUAGAAAAUAAACCAUCUAUCUAUCUAUCUAUCU